AUGCUUGGUGUGUGCGCAAAGCCUGACGUGGAGGUCCUUCUAGGGUCUGCAGAAGCUCGGGUCAGAGAACUUCAACUUCUUUGUGAGGAAACGUCACAGCGAAUACACAGUGCAAAAGCGGCAGCACAGCGAUGGAGACAAAUCGCCAUCACAUUGCUGGCUUCUGGACUAGUUCCUUUCCACCCAGGGCCACCACAUCGGAUGCCGGAGCUGAUGCAACUUCUGUCUGCCCAGGAACUGGACGAGGCAAAACUUUUGACAGCGACUUUGUGCAAACAGUUUCAGUUGAGGCAGAGGGUCGUGGCUCUGCGAGAAGAAUGUUACAGCCUCGCUGAGCAAGAACACCUGGUGGAAACACAGCUUGAAAGUCAGAAGGACUUCCAAGAGCAGCUGAGGGAAGAUAUUGCUAUAGAAACCUCUAAGAGAAAGAAAAAAAUGACAGGAAAUCCAGCAGAAACCACAGAAGGUUUGCCUGGCACAGAGUUUUCCACGGAAACAACGAAGCGAUACAGUGUCAGAGAGCAAUUUGCUGAGCUGGAAUUUGUUGGUGGCAACUUGCAACUAGAGUCUGCAGAUUUGCUCGUCAGCGAGCAAGAAAGUCUUGCAGAAACCCGAACUUUAGAGCAAGACAUUCGCAGCCUUGAUGAACGAAUUCGGCUGCUGGGGCAAGGAUAUCAAACUCAACGUCACCAAGCAGAGCACUUAUCAAAUUCUUUGAUGCUACAGCACUGCCGGAUUGCAAGCACCCUGCGUGACAUCCAGGAAGUUCGAGCUAUAUGUGAUUGGCAUGACUCUGAUGCUCGAGAUUCGACUACAAUGCUUGUAGAGGAAGAACCUGAUGAGCACACUUCGCUGGUGAAGCGAGUGAAGCAGGUUCAGCGUGAAAGUGAGGAAAGCAAGCAGCAGUGGUGGGCGUUCUGCGAGUUGGAAGGGAAGAACCGACGGGAUCCACAGAGGCACACCUUGCACUCUUUGCGACGUUUUUUUCAACUGCGAGAGCAAGGAGGCUUGCCCAAAACGAGGCUGGAACCAGGAACUCACCAAAGCUUGGUGCAAAAAGUAAAGGAUGCUGUGCGGAUGUCCCCAGAGCUGAAGCAGAAAUGGGGGGACUACUGUGACAAGCAGAGCGGGGGAUACCGGGAUCCGCAGCGCCACUCGACAAAGUCAAUCGAGACGUUUUUCGAGUUUUACGCAGCUGAGCCUCCACCAGUCACGUCAGGGAGUCUGGAGCAUGCAGAGGAUGCAGCUGCCUUGGCAGCGCUGUCGCCAGAAGUCACGUGUGUGACAAUCAAGGGACAAAAAGCUUUUGUGGUAGAAUUGAGCGAAGCUGUUGGCUGCCCAUGUGACUAGCGCGCCUUCACUGGUUGAAAGCUCUCUUGCACUUGAAACUGGCCAAGCUGGCCAAGCAUGUGCUCAAGGCCUUGUGGUGCCACAGUUGCCAGCGAUUUCUCAGAGCGACCCAGCUCUUAGGCAUCUUGUGACUCGGAAUGCACCUCCGACACAGGGCACUUUGCUUGACAGACACGAUGCCAGCCGAGAGCGCUCAAGAACACCAGAGAAAGUGAAGUUUGCUGUUGUGCCGCAAUAUAUUUGCC